AUGGACUUUGUCGAACUUCGUCAAAGGUUUGAGCAACUACGGAAACCUGUAGGGUUUAACUAUGUUCACUUUCUGCUUCUCCAUCUAUACAAUUCAUCAUCGGCAUCUGGUACAUUGAUCAAAACGUAUCCAUUGUAUUCGAUUUAUCAACGUCUGCAACGUAAACUGAACCUUUCCGAUCAAGAUGAUCAGGAAACGAUACUCAAUGCGAUUCUUCAUCUUCUAUCUCAGAAUGAAGCUUGGCUCACAGAGACGGUCGAACAAACUCAUUUGAACAUUCAUCAAUACCCGAUUUUAUGUUUAUUUCGACUUUAUUCACCAAUGCAUUUGAUUUUGUUCGUGGAACCGUUAAUUCUACUGAACAAUGAUCAACUUAGUCGUACAAUCAAAAUCAUAUUUGCAAAUGAAUAUCCCAAGGAGAAAUGUGAUUACGUACAUUUCUGCAUCGCUCUUCGAAAAAGUGAGUUGAUCAAGAACUUCCUCUGGGGAAGUGUUCAUCAAAACGAUAAUCAAGAUAGUUGGUUAAUUACCAAGGUCAAUUCCGCUAGUGAUAGAUCAUGGUUACCUAUACAUUACGCUUCGUAUGUUGGUGAUCACGAACUGGUUCGAAAAUUAUGUAUGGAAUAUUCGCAAAAGAUGAAUUCAUUUCAUUUGGUUCUACCGAAGUCUCGCAUGCGUGAUUUUUGUGACAAUCCGUUCGAUUAUCUCUUGCGUGCAAGUGGAAUGAAAUCUUCCGCAUUUCAUUCUGGCAAUACAGUUCUCAACCUUCAGGAGUAUCCCGAUGAUGACUCGCCGAUCUUACCGAUUCUCAGUGAUGAUGAAGAUGAUGAAGAAAUGCUAUCAUCAUCUCCGAUAGUCUUAGACCAGUUUGGACUAGAACGAACGAGUAGUUUCAUCGCUGAUCAACAAGCCAUCGAAGCAGCUGAUGCGGAUAUUCCUGAUGCUGAUCGACUCGAGACAUCGGUACAGUUCUCUCGUGACCUUCUUCUUCGGUCAUUAAUUGAACAAACCAAAGGUUUAGUCUAUUUCAUUCCAUCACCGUUAUUACUUGCAUCGGCAUGUCCGUUAAACGGUGAAAAUUAUAAGGAAUCGUAUUAUGAAAUCUGUCAACACCUUCUCGAGUCGAAAUUAGUUGAUAUUGAUGGUUUAAAUCACGAAUCAUUGACGAAAAACACACUGGAAUACUUCACUCGACACAAAUAUGUGAAUUUCGUUCGAACAUCAUCAAUUCCAUAUAUCUAUUACGAAUGCGAUGCCUUAUUCACUUCGUCACUUCCGGGAAACAAAAGUCGAACGAGUCAAAUGAGUGACGACGGGCAAACCACUCAAAAAUUAGUUUAUUUCAUCACCAUUCUCAACCAACGUUCAUUAUUUUCCCAUUACGAAAAUUUCGAUCAAUAUUUACUACUUGAUUUACUUCAACUACAUUCCCGUCAAAUCGAAAAAGCAUUUGGACAAAAGAUUUAUCUGAACAAUUACGUCAAAGGUCACAUUCUCGAAGAAGAACAACUCAAUGAUCUAACCUUUCGUCUUCUCAUGCGUUAUCACAUUCUUCAAAACCACGAACCGAUCGAAAUCGACGUCAAUUACUAUUUCAUCGAUUCCUACGCCGACCAAUUUGCUGAUACAUACAUUUCGCUGUUUCAUACGCCGACGACCAUGACUAUUCAGAAUGGCUGUUUGUCAAUCUUUGAAUUAUUACUAUCGAAGAUCUCUUUGAAUCAAAGCACAACGUGGGGAAUGUUAGCGACGAAUGAAUUGGAAACAUGUGUUGAUCAAUUAUUCACCCGACGAGGAAAGAUUACAUUCGAUAUGUUUACGAAAUUCUGUUCAUCGAUCGCGAAUAUUCCUCCGCAUGGAACCGUUCUCAAACAACGAAUUUUCGUUCAUGCUCUAGCAACAUGCAUCAAGUACAACGCAAAGAUCGAAUUAGAACAUCUUAUCAACGAUUACGCACAAAUCUAUUACGACAGUUGUGAAAAAUAUCCAAUAGAUAUUCGACACAAUAUCUUAGCUUACUGUGUCGUUCGGAACCAGGCAUUGAUUCUCGAAGGUUUAAUGUCUGCUUUCGCAUCGAUUAAUUCGAAUAGUAAUCAGCUGUACACGUUACCAUUAUCGAAUUUAUCCUCAACAGCAUCGAAUAGUUUUUCAACACUAUUCGCAAACAAUCUGAAUAACAAAGAAAAAUCAUUGGCUAUUUCCUCAUCAUUAAACUCCAUUUACUCGAGUUCCGGCGAUGAAUACCGGCAAUGUCGUCGUCUUCGAAAUACAGCUAUAGCAAAUCAACAAAAGCAAACUCAUAAUCAUUAUUUAUCUCAAGAUGACGAUAGUUCAUCAUUUCACCAAACGCGCAUCGAACGAACUCCACAACGUGUAUCACGCUUUUGGCGUACGGUGCGUGCAUUACAAUUAGGCCUUCGUAAUCGCCGACAAACAGGUCAGUACAAUCAACAGAUUAAUGAUUCGGAUUUUCAUCCACGUCGAACGACGGUUGGAACAUCAUUAAGGACGAUCGAGGAAGACGAAAAUUUGUUCCAACGAGCUGAUCUGGAGGUUGCGGAGCCUGUUCUCCAUGAAAUACCCGCCACGUUGCCCGUUGUACCUCAGCCGAUCUUUAUUUCUCUUUCAAAUAACGAUCAAGACGAUGAUCAAGAUACAGUGCCAGUUACUGGUCAAACUUUAUUACAUAUUGCAGCAAAAUUACCGGGCCACGAAGAUGUUAUUCGUGUUUUAAUCGGAGAGAGCACAUCGAUGACUUCGAUCACGAACUCCAAUGGACAAAUCCCAUUACUGUGUGCUAUUCAUGCAGGUAGCACAUUGACAGCACAAUUAUUGAUGGAAGCGGAUCCUCAUUCGCUAAUCACAACUGACUAUAGAAGAUCCAGUGUUUUUCACUAUUGUUGUGAAAAUAAGAAUGAUGUUCUACUUGCAAGUACACUGAAUUUAUUACGACGAUUGAGUUCGAAUCAAUCAGUUCGAGUUCAAGCAUUGCAAAAUCUAGUCGAACCAAACACCGACGGACAGACACCAUUUUCUAUUGCUUGUUACAAGGGUAGUAUAAAAUGUCUGAAACAAAUAUUUGAUUCAAAAUGGUUAUUGCGACGUGUUCAACUAUCGAAUUUAAUCACAUCAGAUGGAAUUAAGAUUUGUAUUGAUAAUGAUCAAAUUGAUAUUAUCAACUAUCUCGUUAGUGAUCUCCGACGAUUUCGCGUGAUCAUUUCUAUACUCAUCGAUGUGGCUUUUACAGAACCAGUACAUCCAUCAGCAGAUAUGGUUGUUGCACGACGUCAAUACAAUGCUUUGGAAUACGCAAUCCUUUUGAAGAAAAAUGAUUUCGUCAAAGUUUUUGUCAGUGUCGCUGUACCAAAGACGAUCGAAAAGAAAGCUAAUGUUGAUGAACAUAUCGCAGUCGUCCGAAGUAGUAAUGUUCUUACACACGAACCUUUAUUACAUGAAGAGUACAAACGAUUUCUAACACGUUAUUCAUUGCCAUUUAAACACGAACAAUUCGACCAAAUGCCAAUUCAACGUAUGUUGAAAGUUCCAACAUUAGUCCCGUUUGUGCCCAAUCUUCUCGAUCAAUUUCUUGACAAUGACGGAAUGGAUCUUUCCGUUAUCGACGAUUGUCUUUAUUCGAAACCAAGAACCUCUCGUUGUGUAUUCGGUCGAAAAAGUUCCACUCCGACUCCCGAUACCUCACCAAACAAAAACUACAAAUUCACACCCACCCAAUGGGCAAAGGAACACCCACUUAACCUAAUAUCUGAAUGUGAUUACGCGCCUGUUUACGAUCACCCACUUGUGAUAACAACAGUCGACAGCAAAGCGGAUUUAUUCGGCAAUUUACUUUACUUAUUCAUUCUUCUUAUUCAAGCACUUUAUGUGGCUUUGUAUACCGGAGUGACCCUGGUUACUCGGACACCGAAAUAUUACGAUCGAGCUUAUGUAGAAUUCGAAAACGAUACUUGUUUAGAUAUGUGCAAUACGCUAACGAAUACAACACAUCAUUUUGAUUAUUCUCAUCAUGGAACGUUUAUUUUGUAUAUCUUUCGAUUUAUAUUGCUUAUAUGUUCAUGUGCGGCGUUACUGAAAGAGUUUAUUCAGAUUGUCAUUCAACGCGAACGAUAUUUCCGAGGAUUUUUCCUUAAUCUUUUGGAAAUCUUAGCGUACACAUGUGGAAUUAUUUUUGCAAUGGAUUUGAAUAAUUGUACGAGAUAUUCCAGUAUUCGUUGUAAAUAUCAAUAUGAUUUCGGUGCAUUAGGCGUGGCUUCGGUCUGGACAGUUCUUUUACUGGUUUUUGUUAAUUCUCUCAAACUCGGCAAAUACGGUCUUCUAUUCAUAACAAUCUUCUUAACAUUCCUGAAGUUUUGUUUCAUUUACGUGUUCAUCUGGAUUGGAUAUUUAUUUGCUUUUCAUAUGUUAUUGACGCAGAAUCCAUCGUUUCAAACGGUAUUAACAUCGAUACCACGAAUGAUUGCGAUGCUAACGGGAGAAUUCAAUUUCGAAAAUCUGUUUUAUCCCGAAGGUGAACCGGUUAGAGGAACGACAAUGGCGAAAGUGAUUUUCUCCACAUUCGUGUUCGUUGUACACAUUUGUGUGAUGAACAUUCUGAUCGGCUUAGCAGUCAGCGAUGUCAAUGAUUUUCAACUGAAUGCGAAACGAGAGAAUCUACGUUCGAGAAUUCGAACAGUGUUGAGUUUUCAAUCGAAAUUCGGUUCGAUUUGUUCAGCAUCGGCGAAAUUUAUGUUGACACUUGGUCGCCGUCUACCAGGACUAUUAGCUGAACUCAAACUUGAUGUUUCCAAGUUAUCGAUACGUGUCAAACCUGUUCAGAUUCCGAAUCGCGCAACUCAUUUGAUUCAAUGUCGAACGGGAUAUGUUACAGUGAAGAAAUCGAAUGAAAUCGAGUCGAAUCUGGUGCAACACAAAGAAAAUGCACAGGAAGUUUAUAAUGAAAAAAUGUUACAUAAAGUGAAUGAAAUUCGCGAAGAAAUCGACAAAACACAAUUGAGAUUCACACAAGAACUUCACCGAUUAACAAUCAAUCUAUCAAAACUAAUCGACAAAUGA